CUUUCUAUCUCUCUCUCCCUCUCUGCUCUUGCCGCUCUCUUCUGCUCCUUCUCCUGCAAUGGCGCCCCCUUUUGUGGCGGCGCUGCUCCGCCACCGCGCUCUGCUGACCCUGCUGGGCGCCCCACUGGCCUUCCUCCCGCUCCCGCUGCUGCUGCCUGGACUGGAAUCCCGAUGCGGCUACGUGAUCAUCCUGAUGGCCAUCUAUUGGUGCACGGAAGCCAUCCCGCUGGCGGCCACAGCCCUCCUUCCCGUGGUCCUCUUCCCCAUGCUGGGAAUCCUGGAGUCCAAGAAGGUGUGCAUGCAGUACCUGAAGGACACCAACAUGCUCUUUGUCGGGGGACUGAUAGUAGCGGUAGCUGUGGAGCACUGGAACCUGCACAAGCGGAUUGCAUUGAGGGUGCUGCUGAUCGUGGGGGUGAAGCCUGCCUUGCUGAUGCUGGGCUUCAUGGGCGUCACGGCUUUCCUCUCCAUGUGGAUCAGCAACACCGCCACCACCGCCAUGAUGGUCCCCAUCGUCCAAGCUGUCCUGGACCAGAUGAACGGGGCCGAGGCCAAGCCGGAGAGGCAGGAGGGACACAUCAACGCAGCCCUUGCUGUCGUCGGGCUGGAGAUGGACGAGAAGUCCGCCACGGGUUUCUCUUCUGUGGCGGGGCAAGGAAACGGCUUCCUCCCAGAGGGGCCCUCGGACCCCGAGAGGCAGGCGGCCAAGAAGCGCACCAACAAAGGGAUGACCCUCUGCAUCUGCUACGCAGCCAGCAUUGGCGGGACGGCCACCUUGACCGGGACGGGGCCCAACCUGGUCCUGAAGGGGCAGAUGAACCAGUUGUUCCCGGAGAACGGAGACGUCUUGAACUUUGCCUCCUGGUUCGGCUUCGCCUUCCCCAACAUGCUCCUGAUGCUGGUGCUGGCCUGGCUCUGGCUCCAGAUCUCCUUCAUGGGAUUCAACUUCCGGAAAACAUGGGGCUGCGGGGCCCAGGAGACGGCAUCGGAGCGGGCCGCCCUCCGGCUGCUGAAGGAGGAGCACCGCAAGCUGGGCCCGGUCUCCUUCGCUGAGGGCAGUGUCCUGGCCGCCUUCGCCCUCCUAGUCCUGCUCUGGUUCACCCGGGAGCCCGGUUUCAUCCCUGGAUGGGCCACCGUCCUCUUCAACAAGGACAAGGAGUACGUGACGGACGCCACCGUGGCCAUUUUCGUGGCCCUGCUGCUCUUCAUCAUACCGGCCACCCGGCCUCGCUGCGGCCCCUGCUUCCACAGUAGCUUCGACUUGGAAGAAGGUGGAGAAGCCCUGAAGGAGUCCCUACCCCUGGCCCCACUGCUGGAGUGGAAGGUGGUCCAGCGGAAGCUGCCUUGGAGCAUCGUGCUGCUGUUGGGAGGAGGCUUCGCUUUGGCCAACGGGAGCGAGGUGUCCGGCCUGUCCAAGUGGCUGGGGAGCCAGAUGACCCCGCUGCAGAGUGUCCCCCCUUGGGCCAUCGCCAUCAUCCUCUCCCUCCUCAUUGCCAUCUUCACCGAAUGCACCAGCAACGUGGCCACCGCCACCCUCUUCCUCCCCGUCUUUGCGUCCCUGUCGCAGUCCAUUGGGGUGAACCCACUCUACAUCAUGAUCCCUUGCACUUUGAGCGCCUCCUUCGCCUUCAUGCUCCCCGUGGCCACGCCGCCCAACGCUAUCGUCUUCUCCUACGGACACCUCCGCGUCACUGACAUGGCGAAAACAGGGAUCGUGAUGAACAUUAUUGGUGUGCUCUGCAUCACGCUAGCCAUCAACAGCUGGGGCCGGGCCAUGUUCCACCUGGACACCUUUCCCACCUGGGCCAACGCCACUCUUGGGGAAUGAAGGCCGGGACCCAAGGACGACGACGAUGGUGCGCUGAUUGGGGUCUGAGCCAAAGGAUCCGCCUCCCUUCUGAACCUGGCAGAAGGGCCCCAAAGCGAAAAGGGCAUGCAAGUGAACCAAAGAGGGAGAAGGAGCUGGUACGGACCCACAGCAGAGCGGCACCGAGGGAAAGGGCUGGAAUCCCUUUGCGCUUCCAAUGGGCAGCUUUUAAAAAAUAUGGACCGAGCGACUUCUGCACUUUGGAGGAUCUAUCUGGAGAAACAGAUGGGCCUUUCAGACCUCUCUCCCCUUUCUAUCCCUUUCCUUGCCUAUUUCCCUUCCCCGAAUCCUUCUAGCCAUCCGUCACAAAGGGUGAGCCUGCAGGGCAGGGCCCUUUUAAAAUAUUUUUUCGGACAGAGUGUUUGAUUCACUUUAUAAAGAAAUAAAUAUUAUUUGUAUUCCGAC